GAAGUGGCUCCUUAUCACUAACAGGAUAGCAGCUCGUGGUCAACAAGGAGUACGUAACACACCUUGAGGGUGCCGACCCCCGGUUAACAUGUGCAUGCUGCGGAGUUAACACCACAUAGCCCGGAGCAGGACUUUUCGGAGGGGGGAGAAAGUUGAAGGGAAACAACCGUGUGAGUGCGGACGACAAUGGAAAAAGUCAGUAAAGAUGCCAAGACCAACCCGGCAGCGACGGCCAGUCUUUUGUCCAAGAUAUUUUUCUGGUGGCUCAAUCCUUUGUUCACCACUGGAUACAAACGCAGACUGGAGGAAAAUGACAUGUAUGAAGUGCUGGCAGAGGACAGGUCGCAGAGCCUGGGGCAGGAGCUGCAGAGAUACUGGGAUCACGAGGUUCAGAAGGCUACCAAAGAGCUGCGCCCACCUAGACUCACCAAAGUCAUCAUUAAGUGCUACUGGAAAUCAUAUGCAGUGCUGGGAUUCUUUACACUGAUUGAGGAGGUCAUCAAAGUCAUCCAGCCGGUCAUCUUGGGGAAAAUGAUUAAUUACUUUGAGAAUUACGACCCAGACAACAAGGCAGCCCUGUACGAAACCCUCGGCUAUGCAGUGCUAUUGUCUACCUGCACCAUCGGCCUGGCGUUGCUCCACCACCUCUACUUUUACCACGUCCAGAGAACAGGCAUGAAGAUCAGAGUGGCCAUGUGUCACAUGAUCUACAAAAAGGCUCUCUGUCUCAGCAGUUCAGCCAUGGGAAAGACCACCACAGGCCAGAUCGUCAACCUUCUGUCCAAUGACGUCAACAAGUUCGAUGAUGUGACUAUCUUCCUGCACUUCCUGUGGGUGGGGCCCCUCCAGGCAGCAGCAGUAGUGGGGCUGCUGUGGGUGGAGAUCGGCCCAUCAUGCUUGGCAGGCAUGGUGGUCCUCAUGUUCCUGAUGCCUGUGCAAACUAUGUUUGGAAGACUGUUUUCUAAGUUCAGGAGUAAGACAGCAGUCCUCACUGACAGCAGAAUCCGCACAAUGAAUGAAGUGGUGUCUGGAAUUAGGAUCAUCAAGAUGUACGCCUGGGAAAAACCCUUUGCAGCUCUGGUGUCUGAGGUCAGAAGGAAGGAGAUCUCCAUGAUCAUGAAGAGUUCCUACCUACGGGGUCUCAACAUGGCCUCCUUCUUCUGUGCUAGCAAGAUCAUCGUCUUCAUCACCUUCACCCUCUACGUUCUUCUUGGGAAUACAAUCUCAGCCAGCCGUGUGUUUGUGACGGUGUCAUUGUAUACUGCUGUGAGACUCACUGUCACUCUCUUCUUCCCUAAUGCCAUCGAGAAGCUGUUUGAGAGCCGUGUCAGCAUCCGCAGGAUUCAGGAGUUCUUGAUGCUGGACGAGAUCACAAAAAGCAGCACUGCAGUGGCACAGGAUGAGAAGAAAGAUUCCUCUGUGGAGAUUCAAGACCUGCUCUGCUACUGGGACAAGAGUCUGGAUGCUCCGUCUUUGCAGAACGUCUCGCUCACUGUGAACUCAAGUCAGCUGUUGGCUGUUAUUGGACCAGUUGGAGCUGGAAAGUCAUCACUGUUGAGCUCCAUCCUGGGAGAGCUGCCUACUGAAAAGGGGGUGCUGAAGGUCAAAGGUCAGCUGACCUACGCCGCCCAGCAGCCCUGGGUGUUCCCCGGAACCAUUCGCAGUAACAUCCUGUUUGGCAAAGAGAUGAACCCCCAGAAGUAUGAGAGAGUCAUCAAAGCCUGCGCUCUAAAGAGGGACCUGGAGCUGCUCCCAGAUGGAGAUUUGACACUAAUCGGGGACAGAGGAGCCACACUCAGCGGGGGACAGAAAGCUCGUGUCAACUUGGCCAGGGCUGUGUAUCAGGAUGCAGAUAUUUACCUCCUGGAUGAUCCUUUAAGUGCCGUGGACGCUGAGGUCGGGAGACACCUGUUUGAACAGUGUAUCUGUGACCUGCUGAAGAACAAGCCUCGCAUCCUGGUUACCCACCAGCUGCAGUACCUGAAAGCCGCCGACCAGAUUGUUGUCCUCAAGGAGGGUCACAUGGUGGCGAAGGGGACGUACACGGAGCUGCAGCGGUCUGGAGUUGACUUCACCUCGCUGCUGAAGAAGGACGAGGAGGAGGAGCAACAGCAGCCUCCUCCAGACGAUCUCGCCCGGAGCCGAACUCUUUCCCAGAACUCCGUGCUCUCCCAGGACUCCUCUGCGCAGUCCGUCAAGGAUGGAGACCACUUAGCGGCAGAGCCAGUGCAGACAGUAGCAGAGGAGAGUCGUGCUCAGGGAACCAUCGGUGUCAGCCUGUAUGUCAAAUACCUGAGAGCUGGAGCCAACAUCAUGGUUCUGCUGUUUGUGAUACUCAUCAACAUUCUGGCUCAGGUGGCGUACAUCAUGCAGGACUGGUGGCUGGCUUACUGGUCUGACGAGCAGGAGAAGCUGAAUGUUAACAGCACCAUCAUUGAAAACGGAGUAAACGUCACCAAAGAGCUGAAUCUAGACUUCUACCUGGGCGUUUAUGGAGGUUUGACUGCAGCCACCAUCAUUUUUGGCUUUAUGAGGAAUUUGCUCCUGUUUAACGUGUUGGUGAGAUGUGCACAGUCCCUGCACAACCGCAUGUUCAACUCCAUACUCUGCACUCAUGUGCGCUUUUUUGACAUCAAUCCUAUCGGAAGAGUUUUAAACAGGUUUUCGAAGGACAUCGGCCAGCUGGACUCCAACAUGCCGUGGACCUUUGUGGACUUUAUUCAGGUGUUCCUGCAGAUUCUUGGGGUGAUUGCCGUGGCAGCGUCAGUGAUCCCCUGGAUCCUCAUCCCUGUGCUCCCCCUCCUCCUCUUCUUCAUCUACCUCCGUCGCUACUUCCUGCGGACCUCCAGAGACAUCAAACGCCUGGAGUCCACCACUCGGAGUCCAGUCUUCUCCCACCUGUCUUCGUCUCUUCAGGGCCUGUGGACAAUCCGAGCCUUCGGAGCAGAGGAGCGCUUCCAGAAAACCUUCGAUGCCCAUCAGGACCUGCACUCAGAGGCCUGGUUCCUGUUCCUGACCACGUCUCGCUGGUUCGCCGUCCGCCUCGACGGCAUCUGCUCCAUCUUUGUUACCAUCACCACAUUUGGCUGCCUGCUGCUCAGAGACCAGCUGGAUGCUGGCUCCGUGGGUUUGGCUCUGACAUACUCUGUCACGCUGAUGGGUAUGUUCCAGUGGGGCGUCAGGCAGAGUGCUGAGGUGGAGAACAUGAUGACAUCAGUGGAGCGAGUGGUAGAGUACACUGAGCUGGAGAGUGAAGCACCCUGGGAAACCCAGAAGCGUCCUCCUCCUGACUGGCCCAGCAAAGGCCUGGUGACCUUUGACCAGGUCAGCUUCUCCUACAGCGCUGAUGGACCGAAGGUGCUGCAUAACCUGAAAGCAAUGUUCCGACCCAAAGAAAAGGUUGGCAUUGUGGGUAGGACGGGUGCAGGGAAAAGCUCCCUGGUCUCAGCUCUGUUCCGCCUGGCAGAGCCACAGGGAAAGAUCUACAUCGAUGGAGUUCUGACCUCUGAGAUCGGCCUCCAUGACCUGCGCCAGAAGAUGUCCAUCAUUCCUCAGGACCCGGUGCUGUUUACUGGCUCUAUGAGGAAGAACCUGGACCCUUUCAACCAACACACAGAUGAAGAACUGUGGAACGCUCUGCAAGAGGUCCAGCUGAAGAGCGUGGUGGAGGAGCUGCCUGGGAAGCUGGAGACGGUUCUGGCAGAGUCGGGCUCCAACUUCAGCGUGGGCCAGAGGCAGCUGGUGUGUCUGGCCAGAGCCAUCCUGAGGAAGAACCGCAUCCUCAUCAUCGAUGAGGCCACAGCCAACGUGGACCCCAGGACAGAUGAGCUGAUCCAGAAAACCAUACGAGACAAAUUCAGAGAAUGCACCGUGUUGACCAUCGCUCAUCGUCUCAACACCAUCAUAGACAGCGACCGGAUACUGGUUCUAGAUGCAGGGAGAAUCCACGCCUAUGAUGAGCCUUACACCCUGCUCCAAGAUCCAGACGGCAUCUUUUAUAAAAUGGUGCGGCAAACUGGCAAGCAGGAGGCAGCCGCUCUACUAGAGGCAGCUAAACAGGCUUAUGAAAGUGGAAGCCGUCCAAACCUAACAAACGGACACGUACAAACUGCAGACGGCAACUUGGUUAUCUUUGAGACGGCUCUGUGAGCUCAGGGAGGCUUUGACUGACCGCUUUGCCAGAAGGCUGCAGAAAGUGCCUGGGCUGUGUGACGCCCCCGAAAGCACAGAGGGCUUUGAUAGAAAGCCAUCAUCCACUCCAGCUGGUGAAGUGACGACCUACAGCGGCUCCGGCCUCAGUGUGGCCUUGAAUGGCUUUGAAUGGCUGAGCCAAAUAUACGCACGUUACGCUGUUUCCCUUCAAGCUGAGAGCUUGGAAAUCACUGCUGUAAAAACUGACAUAGAUCACUAUAUUUAUUUUCUAUGCCUCAUAUUUAUCACAUGUUAAAUUGCUGCUCACUAUACUGAUGCCUUUAAGAAAUUUUAAAUGACCGCAUGAUCCUUAAACAACUAAGUGCCUUGUUUCAGAUUUGUACAUUUUAAUUUAACCAGUGACAGUGUUUAUACAUCUCUAUCCAAAGUUAAAGUUGCCUUUGUGUUUGUAAAUACGAGUAGGCGUUGUUGCACAAGAUUAAUGAUAAUCAAAUUUCACAGCCGCAUAUGUUUCUGCAAUUUCAGUCAAAAUCUGUUUUUGUAUGUUUAUGUCUUGAAAUUUACUGACCUAUGAAAAUGUGUUGUUCUAGCCUUCAGGAACAGUAAAAAGGUGACGUUAUAUAAAAAAUAUUCCCACCUUGUAGUGAGUUUACUGGGAAGAAGAUCAAGUGGCACUCUGGAUAUAGCUGCUACUACAGAGGUGGACACUGUUGAAUAACAUGCGUUAGUUUCAUUGUUCAAAUCUUGUUCAUAUAUUCUAAUACAUGUUUUUUAAAUUUGGCAUCUGACAUAAAACCUGUUCUGCUCUUUCAA